AUGGCUGCUCAAGGACUGAAAGCUGCACUGCCCGCUGACGUUCCUAGUUUUACCAAGGAGAAGGACGCCAUUUCUGCGCUUCGCAACCAUGCAUUGACUGGGCAACGGUUUAUUGUUCAGUCUCCCUAUGUUGACACUGAACAUCUCCUAGACUUGGAAUCACUCGACAGUGAAAACGCCUUUAUUUCGCUAGCCUUAGCACGCCUCCAGGCUGUUCGUGAGGACUAUGCAACUGCGCCGUACACUGAGUCGUUCAACUGGCCAGAGGUUCUCGACGAACUGAAGCAGCUCGUUCAAAACUCCGGCAAGGGUUUCAAAGAGACGUCAUUCUAUAUCGUCGCCUUUCGUUCUCAGAUCAAACCCAGCACGGAUUACAGUCAUCUUGGUGAACUGGAUAAAGCUGCACAUGCCGAAGCUGUUGCCAGCGGAGGCUUCCUCAAAUACUGGUUUGGAUCACCUGAUGCUGAACUGCGAAACCUGGCUACCUGUGUCUGGAGAUCCCGAGAAGAUGCUUUAGAAGGUGGGAGGGGUCCGGCUCAUCGUAAGGCUGCUAGCGCCACGCGUUCUCUUUACGCCUACUGGAAGAUUGACCAGCACCGUUUGACUGUGCGCGACAAUGUUGACGGCUGGGAAAUCACCGAAUGGGAGUAA